UUUAUCAUCUUAUGCCACGAUUUUAUGUCACCCCUUCACACGUAGGUGGGUCUCAUUUUAGUAGUUUUCUUGACAUUGACUAAAACUACUCAACAUCCACAUAAAUUCUUUUUGGAAUUCUCUCCCAACUACUUUGGAACUUGGAAGUUAAAAAGCUAUGGAAGAAUAUCUACUGUCAGGGGAGAGUAGUAAUUCGGGUCGGACUCGGAGGAGGAUCGGUUCGAUAUUUGAUCGCAGAGACGCUAUUGCUCAUGGAUCAGCUUAUCAAAAGGCUGCUGCUUUGGUUGAUCUUGCUGAAGAUGGCAUUGGUCUGCCUGAGGAAAUUCUUGAGGGAGCGAGCUUUGAGAAAGCAGCAGAGUUGUACUUCAUAUUUACUCGUUUUGACUUCCUCUGGUCACUUAAUUAUCUCGCACUGGUCGUUCUAAACUUCUUUGAGAAACCAUUGUGGUGUUCCAAGCAUUUAGCUGAGUCUUGCAAUAACAGAGACUAUUACUAUCUAGGAGAGCUGCCAUUUUUGACUGGUGCCGAGUCCCUUAUAUUUGAGGGUGUCACUCUUCUGCUUCUUAUAAUACACAUUUUAUUUCCAAUAUCAUAUGAAGGCUUCAAUCUCUAUUGGAGAAGUCUUCUCAACAGAGUGAAGGUAUUUGGUACCAGUCCUUUAUGUUCUCUCCUUAUGAAUGGUGAUCUUUUUAAAAAAAAUUCAUACAUUUCGAUUCCUCCUUGUAAAGGAUAGCUUGUUUGUGAAGAU